GAACGUUUUUAAAUUAGUUCGGUGCAACUCUUGGUAAAACAUAUUUGUGGAAAAGAAAGAAAUAAAUUUCUGUUUCUGGACACACUGCUACAAGGAAAACGGACACAUAAAUAAUUUUCUAUAGGAUGGUAGUUAGCAACGAUGAAGAAGUCGAAUCCACUGAGUAUGUAGUUGACGAUGUAGAACCAGCCCCAGGAGAGGCAUUGGGGGAACUACUGAUGCAUUUGGAAGAUUAUACACCAACAGUACCCGAUGCUGUGGCCGAACAAUAUUUGCAUAUGGCUGGAUUUGAAGCGGUAGAUCCCCGCAUUGUUCGAAUCAUCUCAGUCACUGCACAAAAAUUCAUUUCUGACAUUGCCAAUGAUGCCCUGCAACAUUGUAAGACACGCAGCAAUAGUCAACAUUCUGGAAGUCACGGAUCAAAUAAGGACAAAAAAUCGAAUAAAGAUCGAAAAUAUACUCUCGCCAUAGAGGAUUUGACACCAGCAUUGGCCGAUCACGGCAUUACUAUGCGAAAGCCACAAUAUUUUGUUUAAAUUACUAUAAAAGGAAAACUUGAGAUUAAAUGAGACGAAAUAUGAAUAAAAAGUAUGCAUAGAAAUAA